AUGUCUAAUCCAUUCAGCGAUUCGGGGCCCAGAAUGAAGAGAAUUAUCAUUUGUUGUGACGGCACCUGGCAGGAUUCUGACGGAGGGAAACUCGAGGUCCCGACGAACGUUACGAGGGUUGCUCGUGCCUUGAAGAGUUUUACCGAUGAUGGUGUUUCCCAAGUGAUUUAUUACCAGAGUGGGGUUGGCACUGGAGGGACGGUGAAUAGGCUUAUCGGUGGCGGCACUGGGUUUGGCCUCUCGGAGAACGUCCGCGAAGCUUAUGGCUUCUUAGCUCACAACUACCACCCAGGAGAUACCAUCCAUCUCUUUGGUUUCUCCCGCGGAGCAUAUACUGCACGCUCAAUCUGUGGCCUUGUCUGCCGCAUUGGCAUCCUAACGAAGAAGGGCAUGGACAACUUCUACCAAGUCUACCAAGACUAUCAGGCCAAGAAGUUUCGUAGCCAAAGUGCGGUAGCCGAAUUCCAAGCCCGCGAGGGUGGUAGCCUCGUCAUCCCGAACGUCAGAGUCAAGACGAUCUGCUGCUGGGACACGGUCGGAUCAUUAGGGAUCCCGUCAACCGGUGUUCCCAUAAUCGGGGACUGGAUCGCCGGGAACGAGCAGGAAAAGUACGGAUUCCACGACACAGACCUGUCCCCGCGCGUGGACAACGCUUUCCACGCGCUCGCGCUCGACGAGCACCGUGGGCCCUUCACGCCCACGCUGUGGAAGAAGACUGACGACACCCCGGUCAACCUCAAGCAGUGCUGGUUCCCUGGCGUCCACACAAAUGUCGGCGGCGGAUACGAGGACCAGGAGAUCGCGGACAUGACUCUCUCCUGGAUGAUCCAGCAGCUCUUGCCGUUCCUGCAGUUCGACGAUGACUACCUCAAGAUUAUCAUCCAUAACAGCGACGACCACUCCAGUGGCGAGUGGGCCGCUGGCAAGAUCUACGACUCCGCGACCGGGAUCAUGAGGAUUGUCGGCGGGAAUACCAGGACUCCCGGGGGGUAUGGGGACGGUACCGAGGAGACUAUCCAUAAGAGUGUGAGGAUUCGCACGAAGGUUGUUUCCGGCUGGUCUAGCAAGGCUUUGAAGGGAUGGACCUGGAAUGAGAAUGGGUAUUGGGAGAAGGGCAGUAAGAGAAUGGCGGAGGAUCAGUUGGGAUCACUGGAGAAGAGGUUGGCUGGAAAGGCGGUCGUCAAGGACAUGCUCGGGGAAGAUAUGUCGUGAUUUUCCAAGUCCCACUUAAGCUGUUUGAGUCCGAA